AUGGAGCACCUCGAGACCCAGGUGAGCGACCUGCGCUCCUUCUUGCGCCAGCCGCCCGACGACCCAUUGGCCCUGACCGCCGUCUCGAGGACGGCCCCCUCGAGCAGCACCAACACCCCGCGAGGAGCCCCCGACGCCGGCCCCGCCCAUCGCUCUCCCUAUGCGACAGCCUCCCCGGCCUCGGCGCGCCCGCCGGCUAAUGCCGCCGCCGGGAAGCGCCGGGCCGAUGACGACGACGACGGGCAGAAGCAGCAGAGGAGCAAGAGGAAUAGAUACAUCUCUCUCGCGUGCACCGAAUGUAAACGACGAAAGAUCCGCUGCAACGGCGAACAUCCCUGCGGGCGAUGCGGCCACCUUAACCUCACCUGCCUCUACACGGCCAACUGCUGCUCCAGCAGCUUCAAGGACUCGGACGACUACAAGCGCAUGACGGACGAGAUCGCCACCCUCCAGAGCCAGGUCAACACCCUGUUCGAAAACAUAUAUACCCUCCGGCAAGAGACCCUUCAGAAUGUCCCCGAUUAUAACCCGACCGGCCGCCCUGCGCCCCCGGCAGGGACAGAAGGGGAGCCGCCUCCGAUGGCGCGGGUGAACAGCAUCGCCGAAUCCUCCACCACGCUCUUGGCGGGGCAGCCCAUAAGCCUAAGGGAGCGCCCAUCGUUCAGCCAGGCAGCGAGGUUCCGGGGACCGACAAGCAUAGAUUUCACUGUCGACAUGGCCAAGAACACAUUGCACAAGAUGGGCUACAGCGGUGAAAGAACAGAGGGCGCCGAAGAGGCCGGCCAGGGCUCCGACGGCGGGCUCGCGCCGCCAGCCCCCGCGGCGGCGCCAAACCCGGCGCUGAGGUCAACACCGGCCGGAUCCGAUAGCAGCUCGGAUCCCCUAUGGCAAUACGACAAGGGCGAGAUGCUCAAGCUCUGCAAGAUCUACAAGGACGAAGUCGCCAUAAUGUACCCCGUCUUCGACGUCGACGCCAUCAUGGACCACGCGCGGGCCCUGGCGGACUGGAUGGAGUCGGCGAGGCUCCGCCGGCUCUCGCCGCCCGCCGACGACGGGGGGCGCUUCUCGGACAUGAGGACGCUGCAGCUCAAGAUCGUCAUGUGCUGCGGGCUGACCAUCGAGAACCACGGGCGCAGCCCGCGGGCCACGGAGCUGUUCGAGACGAUGCGGCCCGUCAUCAGCCGCCUGCUCAUCAGCGAGGGGGCCGACGUGGCGAGCCUGCCGUUCCUCAACACGGUGGCGGGCUUCCAGUUCCUCUGCAACGACGAGAUCCUGGCCUGGCGCAUCAUCGGCCAGGUCGCCCGCCUCUGCCUCGAACUCGGCCUGCACCGGCGCCAGGGGCUGCACAGGGUCCCCGAGGGCCCGGAGCGCCGGAGCGCCGUCAACACCUUCUGGGUCACGUACACGCUGGACCGGCGCUGGGCGUUUGCCACGGGCCUUCCUUAUGUAAUGUGCGACGAAACCAUCGACCCCAAGCUGCCGUAUCCGGAUGGACACCCCUAUAUGGUGGCUAUGAUCACAUAUUCCAAACUCGCUGCCCGAAUCUGGAAGUUGGUUGACUACUUUGAUGCCGCUGUUACCCUAGACCUCAAACGGGAGCAAUUCGAGACGCUUGACCAGGAGAUCCUCGCGUGGUACGAGAGCGUGCCGGACGAUAUCAAAACCAACGGCCUGCGAGAGAUGCCUCUGCCCUCUGCCGGCCCAACCUACAACCUGCAAAGACAACAGGUCUGGACACGGCUACGCAUGUAUCAGAUACGCAUGUGGUUGCAUAUGCCCGUGCUGCAUUGCGCCAGCAGCAUCCAGCAGAACAAGGAUCUGGCCUUCAAGGUGGUCAGGCUCGCGCAGGACACGAUCCAGUACCUCCGAAAGCUGCACGACAACACGGGGGUGUACCGGCGCCUGCAGGUGUUUUACCACCAGUUCCUCUCGUCCUCCAUCGCGGUGCUCUUCCUCGCGGCCGCCCACGCGCCGGUCGAGUUCAGCAACCUGGCGCGCCCAGAGUUCUACACGGCCCUGGGGCUCAUCAAGGAGCUGUCGGCCAGGAGCUGGGUGUCGCAGCGGCUCUGGCGCGCCGUCCACUCGCUCAAGAACUACGCCACCCGCCUCGGACUGCAGGACGAGGACGGCGACCACGGCCACAGUAACAAUAGCAACGGCGCCGGCGGUCCCAGCGGCGUGAGUCACUACCACGACCCGCUCUCCAUCAGCAGCCUGGCGGCGCCCACGACCCUGCCGUCGUCCAUCUCGUCCCUGCACACGCCGACGCACGACAACAGCCCCGCCGACGCGGGGACCUACCCGCCUCCCCCUUACUCGUCGGCGGGCACGCCGGCCGGGCGCGGGUCGAUGGGCCCGGCGCUCCGGCAGGACUUUGACCAAGACAUGGUCCCGGGGAUGCUGCUGGACGACGAGCAGAACGGCAGCGCCCUGCACAGCGAGAUGUCGCGCAUAUUUGAAGGCUAUUCGGGCCUGGUCCAGAUGGGAGGCAGUAGCGGCCCGGGGUCCACAUCGGACGGGCCCUUCAGCCUGGUUGGGGACGUUUCGAGUUGUCUGGAUGACGAUAUCGGGGUGUUUCAGCAGAUUAGGGAUAUAGCGCACUUCACCGUCACGGUGGCGCCCUCGAACCUGCCGCUGCCGGUCCACCUCUGCAGCUGCUCCGUCUGCCGGCUACACCACGUUCGAGUCCGAGGCGGGCGGGACCUGCGCCGCGGGAGCAGGAGCUCGACAAGGCCGGCAACGAGCGGCUGCGGGGGCAGUGCCACUGCGGCGGUUAUCAGCUUCACGCUCCCGCAGUCCGGCGAGCCGGCGACGGUCAACGACGACAUAUUACGGCACGUCGCCAGCGCGCCCGACGCGUCCAAGUGGAUGGGCCUCGCCGCCCGAUUUCAGGUUCGGGGACGCUGA